AGAGACGGUUCCUCAACCCCAGGUGACCAUCAAUGAUCAUGUACCAUGAAGUCUCCCAGUUAUUCUUGGCCAGCUGGGCAGAAUGAAGACAACACUUCUAACUUCUCACUAGAAUCUAGUGUCUUCUGCAGUGAGGAGCAUCCAAAUAAAAAUCCAAUAGACGUCUUUGUUAUAAAUGUUGGUGGCAGCAGGUUUGUGUUGUCACAAGAAACUCUGUCAACCUACCCUGAGACACGCCUCGGCAAGUUGGCUGUAUCUGAACAGGAUUCCAUGUUGGAGCUAUGUGACGAUGCCAACUUUGUGGACAACGAGUAUUUCUUUGACCGGAGCUCUCAGACGUUCAAGUACAUUAUAAAUUACUAUAAAACUGGAAGAUUGCAUGUCAAUGAAGAACUUUGUGCUAUGUCUUUUUUGCAAGAAAUUGAAUACUGGGGAAUCGACGAGCUGAGUAUUGAUGCAUGUUGCAGGGACAAAUACUAUAAACGGAAAGAAAUGAAUGAAGCCUUAGACAUAAAGAGAGACACAGAAACUACUGAGAAUGAGGAAGAGGAUUUCUCUGGAGUGAAGUAUGAGAAACUGAGGCAGAAACUGUGGGAUAUGAUGGAGAAACCUGAUUCUUCAAUGCUUGCUAAAACCUUUGGAGUUCUUUCUGUCAUCUUUGUUAUCAUUUCCAUUGCAAACAUGGCUCUCUUUUCCUUGGAUGACACAGCACUCGAACCACCCUUAUUGAAUGCUCUUGAGUAUCUCUGCAUCACCUGGUUCACUGCAGAAUUCAUCCUGAGAUUCUUGUGUGUGAAAAACAAAUGCAAAUUCAUGAAAUGCCUGGUGAACAUCAUAGACAUCAUAGCUAUAAUCCCAUUUUAUAUCACACUGCUGGUAGAACAACUUUACGGAAGUUUUACUGAACUGGAAAAUGUGGGGAGAGUGGUCCAGAUCUUGAGGUUGACGAGAUCUCUGCGUAUGUUGAAGCUUGGCAGACAUUCAACAGGCCUGAGGUCUCUUGGAAUGACGAUCGCUCUGUGCUACGAGGAGGUUGGGAUGCUCCUGCUUUUUCUGUCAGUGGGCAUAUCUAUUUUCUCCACAGUGGAGUAUGCUGUGGAGCACACUGUCCCUGACACAACCUUCUCCAGUGUCCCUUGUGCAUGGUGGUGGGCAACCACAUCCAUGACCACUGUAGGCUAUGGAGACAUUCGACCUGAAACCACAAUUGGGAAGAUAGUAGCCUUUUUGUGCAUUCUGACUGGCAUUUUGGUUUUGUCACUGCCCAUAGCUAUUAUAAAUGACAGGUUUUCCUCGUGUUACUUUACCCUGAAGAUGAAAGAAGCAGCCCUGCGUCACCGUGAAGCUCUGAAGAAGCUCACCAAGAAUUCAGUUUCCGAUACUGCCGUCAACAUUAACCUGAGGGACAUAUACGCCCGUAGUAUUAUGGAAAUGUUGCGGAUAAAGAGCCGCGAAAGAGAAAGUACAAGAAGCAGUGCCGGAGAUGACAUAUGGUGACCUAUCUGGUAUCUUCUUUAAAUGAACAAUUUGUUCAUAGAAUAAACAAAUUGAAAGCUAUUGUGCUAUUUAUAUACCUUAUUGAAAGCUGCAGCGCAUCACAAUUUCAAAACAAUUCAAGGUGUUUUUUGCUCCUAAAUUUCAUUAAAUUCGUACAGCACGUGUCAGUCUGGCUCAAUUGUAGCACUUUUGACCGAGUCAGAGAGGUGUGGGUUCAAAUGCAGCAAUAUGCUGUCCUUUGGGUGAAUGUUAAACCGAGGUCCCAUCUGCCA